AUGUCUAUCAAACCUUACGAUCUAUACGUCUAUCGUGCUGGCAAAUGGAUCGAGAUCAAGAGUGACAAACUGCUACCUGGCGACCUGGCUUCUGUUGGCCGCACUGGUGAAGAUUCGGGAGUCGCUUGCGAUAUGCUCCUCAUUGAAGGCACAGCGAUUGUCAAUGAAGCCAUGUUGUCCGGCGAGAGCACACCACUGCUCAAAGAAUCGGUUCAGCUUCGUCCAGGCGAUGCGCGUAUCGAACCAGAAGGGAUUGACAAGAAUGCAUUCCUUUGGGGUGGUACCAAGGUUCUGCAGAUCACUCAUCCUGCACCAGUCGAAGGCACAGAAGUAUCAAAAAGUCUCCCGUCCGGUGUUCCACGCCCUCCUGACAAUGGCGCUGUGGCUGUCGUUCAAAAGACAGGGUUCGAGACGAAUCAGGGUAGUCUGGUCCGCACAAUGAUCUUCGCAACCGAGAGAGUUUCAGCGAACAACGCCGAGGCUCUCUGGUUCAUCCUGUUCUUGCUGGUCUUCGCGCUCGCAGCAUCAUGGUAUGUGUGGCAAGAGGGCGUCCGGAAUGAUCGCAAGCGGUCGAAGUUGCUCCUUGACUGCAUUCUCAUCGUCACCAGUGUGGUGCCACCUGAGCUUCCCAUGGAACUUUCUCUCGCCGUCGAUACCAGUCUAGCAGCACUCAGCAAAUUUGCCAUAUUCUGUACAGAGCCAUUCCGCAUUCCGUUUGCUGGCCGGGUGGACGUUGCUUGCUUCGACAAGACUGGCACGCUGACUGGUGAGGAUCUUGUCGUGGAAGGCGUCGCUGGCCUUACUCUCAACCAAGAAGGAGCGCCCAAAGAAGCCGACGGUGCACAGUCCGCCAUCGUAAAGGUCCCGGAGGUAGGAGUGUUCACAACUCUAGUACUGGCAACUGCACAUGCCCUAGUCAAACUUGAUGAGGGCGACAUUGUCGGAGACCCGAUGGAAAAGGCCACUUUGACUGCCCUUAAUUGGUCGCUGGGCAGUAACGACACGCUUACCAGCACCCCGCCUCCUAGAAACAAGAAGCAUGCUCCUAUCAAUACCUCAGCCGCCCACAUUGUGCAAAUCAAGCGCCGCUUCCAGUUUUCGUCCGCUUUGAAGCGGCAAAGCUCGGUAGCGGUGGUGCUCAUGACUGAUCCUCGGACGGGCAAGAAGGCGAAGGGCACUUUCGUUGCAGUCAAAGGAGCACCGGAGACUAUUCGAAAGAUGCUUGUUGACAUCCCUCCGAAGUAUGAAGAGACGUUCAAGUACUUCACUCGUAACGGCGCCAGAGUGCUCGCACUUGCUUACAAGUACAUCUCUACCGAGGGUGAAGUUGGUCAGAAGAGAAUCAAUGACCUAAAGCGCGAAGAGGUCGAGAAGGACUUGCACUUCGCUGGAUUUCUGGUUCUUCAGACACCACUCAAAGACGAUGCUGUCAAGGCUGUCCAGAUGCUCAACGAGAGUAGCCACCGCGUCGUCAUGAUUACCGGUGAUAAUCCUUUGACUGCAGUCCAUGUGGCUCGCCAGGUGGAGAUUGUCGAUCGUGAUUGCUUGAUUCUUGAUGCACCUGAGAACGAUGAUAGUGGCACGAAACUGGUCUGGAAGAGCGUCGACGAAAAGACUGUCAUUCCGGUGGACCCCACAGCGGACAUUGAUCCGAAAAUCCUCCAGAACAACGAUCUCUGUGUUACAGGCUAUGCGCUGUCGAAGUUCACCGGACAGAAGGGCUGGUAUUCUUUGAUCAGACAUGUUUGGGUCUACGCUCGCGUGUCGCCGAAGCAGAAGGAAGAGAUUCUGAUCGGGCUGAAGGACAUGGGCUACACAACACUGAUGGCUGGUGAUGGUACGAACGAUGUUGGCGCACUCAAGCAAGCGCAUAUCGGUGUAGCUCUGCUCAACGGCUCGACAGAUGAUCUCAAAUCAAUCUCGGACCACUUCCGGCACAAUAAAAUGAAAGAGAUCUACGAGAAGCAAGCUGCGAUGAUGAAGCGUUUCAACCAGCCAGCACCUCCAAUUCCUAUCGGCAUUGCUCACAUGUAUCCGCCAGGACCAAGCAAUCCUCACUAUGACAAGGCAAUGAAGCAGAUCGCAGACGCAAAGGGUCUUACGCUUGAGGAUCAACCAAAUGGUGCUGCGGCGAACGGUGCAGUAGAGGAAGUCAUCUCGCCUGGCGCAAAGGCCCUGCAGCAGGCUGAUGCGAGCUUGACGCCACAGCAGCGGAAGCAGAAGGAAGCCGCGCAGAAGGCUGCCGGAUGGGCUGACAAGCUCACAUCGAGCAUGCUUCAGCAAGAGCUCGAGGACGCUGAGCCGCCGACUAUCAAGCUAGGUGACGCCUCAGUCGCAGCGCCUUUUACCAGUAAACUUGCCAACGUUGUGGCGAUCCCGAACAUCAUCAGACAAGGCCGGUGCACCCUGGUCGCUACAAUUCAGAUGUACAAGAUCCUGGCGCUCAACUGUUUGAUCAGCGCUUACAGCCUGUCUGUGAUUUAUCUUGCUGGUAUCAAGUUUGGCGACAGUCAGGUCACCAUCAGCGGCAUGUUGAUGUCAGUCUGCUUCCUGUCAAUCUCUCGAGCGAAACCUGUGGAAGCAUUGUCGCGUGAACGACCUCAGUCCAAUAUUCUCAACAUGUACAUUCUCGGUUCCGUACUGAGUCAGUUCGCGAUACAUUGCGGAACCUUGAUUCACCUGUCAAACACAGUGUACAAAUUCGAGCCACGGGACGAAGAGGUUGAUCUCGAGGGCGAGUUCGCGCCUUCACUGCUCAACAGCUCUGUGUAUCUGAUGCAACUCAUUCAGCAAGUCUCGACCUUUGCUAUCAACUACCAAGGACGCCCAUUCCGAGAAAGCAUUCGUGAGAACAAAGGCAUGUUCUGGGGCUUGGUCGCUUGCUCAUUCGUUGCAUUCGCUGGUGCUACCGAAUUCAUGCCCGAGCUCAACGAGCAGCUAAGCCUGGUCAAAUUCCCUGUGGGAUUCAAAUCGACUCUUGUAUGGCUCAUGAUCAUCGACUACUUCGGUUGCUACUUCUGCGAGUACGUCUUCAAGCAGCUCUUCUCUGAUUUCAAGGAGAAGGACAUCUCUGUAAAGCGUCCAGAGCAGACCGCAAGGUACGAGAAACGCAAGGCAGAAGCGAUUGCGAAGGCGGAACGCGAGCGGAUUGAGGCGAUCGAGAAGGCACGAGGUGUCGCUGACAGCCAGGGGCCUCCAAGACUAGGCAAAUAG